AAGUUGAAGAGCCUCAUUCUGCUGGAGGAGGUGACCUCCUUAGAGAAGGUUCGGUUCAAGCACCUCCACAAUCAAGUGCUGAAGAAGAGGAGCAAGUCGGGUCUUCACGUUUUGCAGUAGAAGAAGAGCAGGAGCCUUCACGUUUUGCAGUAGAAGCAGAAGAUGUAGCAGAACCAUCUUCCAUUUUCGAAUUAGAAGAAGUCGAGCGACAAGAAGGAGAUGAUAUAGUGGCAGAAGUGGACGGCGAGGCAAUGAUCAUAGUGGAGGAGGAGAACGAAAAGAUGACGUGGUUUCGAGAUGAAAAAGACAGCGAAGAAAAGAUGAAGAAUCCCUUUCGUGAGGACAUGCAGAAAGACCUUGCAGACUUCUUUUCGGCC